AUGGCGGUGCCGGACAAGGACAUAUUUGCCUCCACAUGGGGACCGACAACUGGGUUCUGUGUGGAGGUAAUUCCCAUCAGUACUCAGCGACAGGUUCCGUCGCAUUUACCGAGACCUCGCGAUACAUCGUGUGUGGCAUUUAUUGAAGUGGGUGGUAAUCGCAACUUUGGACAUAGUGGUCAAUUCCCCAUUAGUCUCAUGUCCUUUGACGGUGUCAUUUUCGUAUACGACCGGCAAAAUGCAAACAGUGCAGUCGGACUUAGUGACUGGUACGCAGACUUGAAGAAAUAUGGCAUCGUGGGGAAUGGUGGUGGCGCGAAGGUGAUGCUUCUCGAGACAACGCUUGCCCCGACGACGAACAGUACGCUGAGUGUCGCAAAUCGGCUGCCAGAUGAGCUACUCGGUGCAUACCUCCAGAAAACCGUAAGUAAACCAUCACGCUGGAAGCGGUUGCUUCAAAAACUGAAGUCUGUGGGUGCGCGAUGGGCGAGCAAGCCGAGACUCUCUGUGACUGACUUCCAGGAACGGCAGCGCAGCCUUCGGCUGCGUAUUGCUGUCUUUCUCUUCCAUUGUGCGUCAAGGGUUGAAGGUGCGCUGCUCUUCAUCAUGGCGGUCGUCUUGUUCGGUCCAUCUCAGGAGUCCGUUUCACUGCGCCGGCCGUCAGUGGAAGAGGCCCUCGCCCUGAUCGGAGGGGAUGUCAGAGGCACACAAACACUGGAGGCGUGCCCUUUGUACGACCAACUGCAGUUUGAAGCCUUGGCUGUGAAGGAUGUGACGUCGUUUAUCGAUUCGCUGAGAGAUGAUUGA